UGGAGCACAGCGUCGCAAACGGGGCCGGAAAGCGUGGCAGCGCAGGCGCAAGCGCAGAGAGCGGAGGCGGUGGUGGUGGCUGCCGCUGGCCAGCGUAAGAUGGCGGCGGCGUUGGUGGCGGCAGUGGACGGGGCGGCUGGGCCUGGAACAGUCGGAGCAGCCGCUGGCAGAAGGAUGACCCGAGACGGGAAGGGGGCCGCUGAGCCUGGCCGGUUCCCGUGCUUGUAAUUGCCCCAGCCGGGUACCCCCUCCCCCCCGACCGAGACCCGUGAGUCUCCAGACCUGUUUUCUCAGCUCAGCCCGGCCUCACUGCAGUGGUAGAGGAGGAAAGGCUGGCUAAAGCAAACGUCUUUCAAGAUGUCCAGCAAAGAGAGCAGCACGGAUGGGAAAACAGACUUAGCUAAUGGAAGCCUGUCUAGCAGUCCAGAGGAGAUGUCAGGAACUGAAGAGGGAAGGGAGACAUCCUCAGGCAUUGAAGUGGAGGCCUCAGAUCUGAGUUUGAGCUUGACUGUGGACGAUGGUGGCCCUAAUCGCACCAGCACAGAAAGCCGAGGUACAGACACAGAGAGCUCAGGUGAAGACAAGGACUCUGACAGCAUGGAGGACACUGGCCAUUACUCCAUCAGUGAUGAGAACCGAGCCCAUGACCGCUCAGAGGAAGAGGAAGAUGAAGAAGAGCAGCCUCGGCGCCGUGUACAGCGCAAGCGGGCCAACCGUGACCAGGACUCAUCAGAUGAUGAGCGGGCCCUGGAGGACUGGGUGUCCUCAGAGACAACAGCCCUGCCCCGGCCCCGCUGGCAAGCCCUUCCUGCCCUUCGGGAGCGUGAGUUGGGUUCAAGUGCCCGCUUUGUGUAUGAGGCCUGUGGGGCAAGAGUCUUUGUGCAGCGUUUCCGCCUGCAGCAUGGGCUUGAGGGCCAUACCGGUUGUGUAAAUACCCUGCACUUUAACCAACGCGGCACCUGGCUGGCCAGUGGCAGUGAUGACCUGAAGGUGGUGGUAUGGGAUUGGGUGCGGCGACAGCCGGUUCUGGACUUUGAGAGCGGCCACAAAAGUAAUGUCUUCCAGGCCAAGUUCCUGCCCAACAGUGGUGACUCCACCCUCGCCAUGUGUGCCCGAGAUGGGCAGGUGCGGGUAGCAGAAUUGUCCGCCACACAGUGCUGCAAGAAUACAAAGCGUGUAGCCCAGCACAAGGGAGCGUCGCACAAGUUGGCCCUGGAGCCGGACUCUCCCUGUACGUUCCUGUCUGCAGGUGAAGAUGCUGUAGUUUUCACCAUUGACCUGAGACAAGACCGGCCAGCUUCGAAACUGGUGGUGACGAAAGAAAAAGAGAAGAAAGUGGGGCUGUAUACAAUUUAUGUGAAUCCUGCCAAUACCCACCAGUUUGCAGUGGGAGGACGAGAUCAGUUUGUGAGGAUUUAUGACCAGAGAAAAAUUAAUGAGAAUGAGAACAAUGGAGUACUCAAGAAAUUCUGUCCUCAUCACCUGGUGAACAGUGAGUCCAAAGCAAACAUCACCUGUCUUGUGUACAGCCACGACGGCACAGAACUCCUGGCCAGUUACAAUGAUGAAGACAUUUACCUCUUCAACUCCUCUCACAGCGAUGGGGCUCAGUAUAUUAAGAGAUAUAAGGGUCACAGAAAUAAUGCCACAGUAAAAGGUGUCAAUUUCUAUGGCCCCAAGAGUGAGUUUGUGGUGAGCGGUAGUGACUGCGGGCACAUCUUCCUGUGGGAGAAAUCAUCCUGCCAGAUCAUUCAGUUCAUGGAAGGGGACAAGGGAGGCGUGGUAAACUGUCUCGAGCCCCACCCUCACCUUCCUGUGCUGGCUACCAGUGGCCUGGAUCAUGAUGUGAAGAUCUGGGCGCCUACAGCUGAAGCCUCCACUGAGCUGACAGGGUUAAAGGAUGUGAUUAAGAAGAAUAAGCGAGAGCGGGAUGAAGAUAGCUUGCACCACACUGACCUGUUUGAUAGCCACAUGCUGUGGUUCCUCAUGCAUCACCUGAGACAGAGACGCCACCACCGGCGCUGGCGAGAACCUGGGGUUGGGGCCACAGAUGCGGACUCUGAUGAGUCUCCCAGCUCCUCAGACACAUCGGACGAGGAGGAGGGCCCUGACCGGGUGCAGUGUAUGCCGUCCUGAGGCCUCACACCUACGAGGGUUGGGCUGAACUACCAACCCAAACCUGCCUGGGCAACCCUUUCCUUGUCCCAGGCCCCUACAUUCAGCAGAAGAGCACUUUGGACUUUUUGCUUUAGAUUUAAAAAAGAAGGACAUCCCAGGAAAAGGUCAAACCAGAGGGGAAUGAACCAAAAGAGAGAAUUUAGGAAUGGGAAUUGAGCCCUGGAAUGGAGUUCCGUGGAGCUAUGCAUAGCACUCAGCAGAAACGGCCUCUACCCAGUCUUUUGAGGGAUGGGGGUGGGGGUCCUAUUUUGUUAACUGGGUUAGGCUAGGGAAUGGGGCUUUUCUUUACUCUCCCUUGUUUCUUGGGCAGGGGGUGGGGAAAACAACUGACUGUACCAAGGGGCCAGAGUGGGCAGUAGGAGACCACUCUGUCUUUGGUUUAGGUUUUGACCUUUUCUUCCUUUGUUUUUUUAUGUAUUUGACAGUUUGUUUCUUCCCUCCUGAGCAGUCCCAUCCCAGAACCCUGUUUUUCAAGGAAGACCUAGAGCCCUUAAGCAUCCCGCUCUUCACUUUCCACACCUCCUUCACUUCCUGUACUUACCACAGUGUUUUGCACUUGAUUAUGUAUCCUUCACUCUCUUCUCUUCAUCCCAUCACCUCCUAAACAGAUAGAGGAAGGGAGGCUGGGGAGAGGUGGGAGGCAGGCCUGGCAAUGGAGGAAAACUAGGAAGGAUAUUACCUCUUCUGUUAUUUUUUUUUUUUUAAGUUGUUUGGUGGCAGCAGUCUCCCUGUCCUUAUCACUGUUAGAGGCCUAAUUUUCUAUCUAUAAAUAUGUUUAAAAAGCAAGUCAAACUUGGAUGUAUCAAGUUAAAAUUAUUGUCAAAGUUUAAAUACCUAUAUAUUCUUUAUGAAUGAAAUAAAGGGACUUAAAGGAAGAGUGAGCAAGAGUACUGAUGUGGAGGUGACACUUGCGGUCAGCUUACCUUGAGAAAUGGCCACUGGGCCACUGGAGCUUGGGGCUUACCCCUUAGACUUUAGGAGGCUCGAAUAUGGAAGGAUCCUCAAUUCUGCCCUUCCCUGCUUACCUGCCUUGCAGUGAAGGUUCAGAAAAACAGGAAAUUCCUCUCAGCUCUUUGCCUCAGAUCUCCUACCUCUUUUAAAGUCUCUCGGGGGUUCCCAGGAUGGCUCUUCUCACCAGAGGCUGGCCUGUCUUUAAAACUUGACUGAACUAUAACUUCAGGAAGGGCACAGCCACUGCAGACUGUCCUGAUACUGCAUAUGACACACACACACACACACACACACACACACGAACUGAACUCUGACUUCAGGAAGGGCACUGCCACUGUGGACUCUGUCCUAAUACUGUAUAGCUCUCAUACACACACACACACUUAGCUGCUUGAUUGUUUAAGCCAUUCAGUGACAACUCCCCCUCCAAAUGAAACAGUGAAGGCAAAGACUUCCUGGGUCUGACUUUAUACCUUGUCCACCUCUUCAUUCUUGGGAAUGAGGGAAGAGUCAGUUGGUCUAAGGAUUGAUAAUGGUCACUGGGACUUAAAUAUCUGUCUUGUCACUGGUCACACAGUAGGAAAGUCCCAGUUGGAUUCUUGGCUCUUAAAUGCUUUUGCUGCUAUUUCUUUGUCCCCAACUUCCACAAGAUUCCAUUAGGAAAUCUGCAUCCUAAACAGCCAGAUUCUAUUGAACCAAGUCAAGAGGGUUGGGGGGGGGUGUGGGGAGAGUGAGAUGAUAUUCCCAGACACUUCUUCCUUCUGCCCUCUUUUCUAGCAGCUCUCAAACUAGAUACUAGCUGCUGCACUUCCUCUCUGAGGUAGGAAAUGCGUGGUGACUGAGUGGUUUGUGUUUCUAUUGCUAGCAGGGUGGUGGGGUGAGCUGAAAACCAUGCACUCUGGAAUUUGUUGUAUUUUCUCUCAGUAAAGUUUUUUUUUUUCUCCCGACUGCUUCUCUGUGUGAUAUGUCCAUGCAUUCAUGGUGGGACUGUUUUCAUUAUUCCUAUACAUUACAUUAUACCUAAAUCAUGUAGAUACCUGGCCCUGGCCUCUUAGUCAUCCCAUAUUCCAAUUUUAGGAAGUCUAGUCUGGGAUAAUCAUACUUCAAGUCCUUGGGUACCAAUUCAGAAUAGGCACCAUUUAGUUCAGUAAUACUUAAAUUAGAAGGGUAAUAUUUGAGGGUAUUUUCCAGGCCCUUCCCCGUCAUUCAAAAAUCCUAACCACUCACAGAAAUUCUAGAAUCAACCAGGUACAGUACAAUCAGUCACCUUUAUUCCAGGGUUAGAACAAGGCCGUGCACAUUGCAGACAGAGGAGUGCAGGAGAGGGGAAAUCUCACAGCAGUACAAGGUUGAUGGGGGGCAGGUUAGUCUUCUGAGAUUAUUUUGCCUUAUGGAGGAACUACUAGACUCUGCUAAAAAUAACCCUGUUUCUCUUCUCCCAUUUCUUUCAUAAGGAAGUCUUUCUUUUUCUCUCUCUCUUUCUCUCUUCUCACACACAUAACAUAUCCUGAAUGAAAGCACAGUCCAUAUUCAUUUUCCCCCUCUCAAUUCAACAACUGUCUCUCUCAAGGAAGAAGCCAAACAGGGCUGGGGAAACUUGAAACAACCUUUAAGGCAAAACUGAAGUCCUCAAGGUGUGUGUGUUAAGGCAGGUGUCCGUAGCAAUGGCCAGAGGGGACGGGCCGACCAGGCUAGGCUAGUAGUUGAAGGUGCUCUGUAAUCAGUCUGGCUUCUUCCCUCUCCAACAGCCAGCCCAACCCCCACUGCUCCCACAUCCUAAAAGCGCCUAACUUCAACUUUCUCCAAAUAGCCUCUGAGACUGCUUGUAAGUUUAAUGUUUUUUUUUUAAAGAAA